AUGACGAACCUCGUCAAAGAAGCGCUGAAAAUAUUCUCAGAAUCCCAAGAAGCUCCAAACGCGGUAAAAAAAAUCCUCAGACAAAUGGAAGAAGAGGAAACAGAAGCAGCCGAAUCCACAGAGGCUUUCCAAGCUAUUGCAACACUGCUCCACAGCACGUCAAUCAACAUCAACAGACGCAUAGCAUCUACUAAUAAAAUAGAAGUAGAAGCGAUUCAGAACACAAUCGAAGGGAAAGUAAGACCGCUAGUGGAGAAUCUGAUGAAGCAAGUCCACAAUUCGGAAAUCUUCCGGUCCAAAGAGCUGGUGUUUUGGGCAACUACGAUGGCGCCUACUGAACAAGACUCAAUAAGCGGAGAAGAUCUUCAGAAGCUAGAAGAAGCCAUCUUCUGGAUAAUAGGAAGGCUCUGGGGCCACCCAGCAGAAGCUAUCCUGAAAAUGGCCGUGGCCAAAUGCGAGAAACUAGCAGCCUCGAACUCUAAAGCGUCAGUCAGAUUCAUUAUCUACUCCCACAUCUGGAACCUAAGAUUCAAACAAGUCCUGAACAGAAGGGUGGAGGAAAGAAGUGCCUCCUUCUCAAACGAAAGACAGAUGGCUGCAGCCAUUGCGAACGCAAUCUUUGGAGAAAUCCUUUUCCAAAUCACGAAUACCCGCUGCAUCUUCCCGAGACUCCUUUCAAGCGCGGCAAGAUCGGCCUGGACGCAUUUGAACUCCCUACUGGGUGAAGCUAACCCAAUCAGCAUCAUUCUUAAGGAUUUCUUGGCAAAUGUGGAUUGUAACCCGGAGUUUACAGCCUGGGACGCAAUCUUAUCAUUACGAAGAAUCUGGCCAAACCGCCAAAACAUCCCGGAGGCCGAAUACAAGAUCCUCAAUCUAAGUGGAAUCGACGACAGAAUCGAAAGAGGCUUAGAGAAUCCAGCGUCACUGAGCGGCACGACUUACGAAAAGCUGUUUUGGCGAAUCCCUAUUCCUAAAAACUACGACCAUGCAGGCGCCUGGAGACAAGGAGGAAAGCGAAAAAGAGAAGAAACCGAAGAAGGCGACGACUUGGGCGAGCAUCGAGUCGCAAAUGACGGCUCUAGCUAA